CCUGGAGUGCUGGGUAAACUUCCAGAUCAGGGCUGGGGAAACCUUUGAUCUCCUACGCAAGUCUUUUACCGCAAAAAUGCAUAAAUACGUGGGGAAGCGGCAUGAGCACAAAGACAAAUCGCGAGGCUGUAACAGGUGUGCGUUCCAACCAACAGUUUCUCCUACGACAUAGACUCGACAUCUCGAGGUGACCAUGGUGGCGAGCGUGUUAGCGUCCUCUGCGGUGUUGCUGAUGUUGUUGUGCUGUGUGACCGCGGCCCCGGCACAACAGUUCAGCAGCCAGAAGUACAGAUCCAAGAGGCUGGCGGAGGCAGACCUGUUCACCAUGUUGAAGAACCUCCCUUCCGUGCAGUUCGCCCCAUCAAAGGGAAAACGACAGCCAGAGGUUGACAUGCUGGAGAUGAUAAAGAGUGUCACAGACCAUUCCUUGAAUAAAAAGCGUAGCGCCAGCGGUUCUGACGCCGUUCUUCAGCAGGAGACGAGCCGGGGGGCUGAACCUGCCAGGCCCGGCCCCGACAACAGGACACCGCGGCGGCUGGACCCACUGGACUACAACUUUAUCUGGACGUCUGAAAACAAGAUCACAGAUGUCCUGCAGAUCGGUGACCUGGUGGAGUUGAUGCUUAAUCAAAAAGUAGCAUUACCAUAGAAGGUCCAUCACCAGGCUGACGGCGGGCAUUGCCAAGAACACUCUUUCAGCUGAUUAGAAAAUUGCCUGUAAAGGUUUUAUCAUCUGCUUAAAAACAAAGACUUGGGCGGCUAACACAUGGCCUGAUGGUCCCCUAAAUGGACUAUGAGAACAGAAGAUACCAUGUAUAUAUCCAUGUAUCUGUGUUCAAUAUUGUCGUGAUGGAAGUUACUAAAAGAGAAAUAAAGUAUAUAUGUGGCUUGUA